AUGAAUUUAUCUGUUUUGGUCCUAUGCUUUGUCAUACGCAUUUCCCGUGCUCACAAUCUCUCCGGAGAGGCGGACCAAUCUGAUGGACUAGUGAUUUUUGCCUCCCUCCCUCUGAUAGCUUUGGUUGUGUUCCUCGCUUUUUUGUUCUGCAAGCUGCAGCAGAUUAAUGAUGUCAGAAGGAACAGUGGUGUCAAUGAGGUUAUACGUGUUCAUGUCAUUCAUUCAGGUGCUUCUCUGACAUCUGCUGGAGUCGGCGGGGAGCUCAUCAGUUUUCUACCUGUGUUUCCGUUCUCAUCUCUCAGCUGCUCAAGUGGAGGACUAGCGGAAUGUGCCAUCUGCCUUGCCAAGUUUGAAGACACAGAUGCACUUCAUUUGCUGCCCAAGUGCAGACAUGCAUUUCAUGCAGAAUGCAUACGCCAAUGGCUCGCCAACCAUUCGAGCUACCCAGUCUGCCGGCAAAUAGUGGUAGUUGAAGACUUCACUUCCAUUACAUGUUUGAAUGGCUUACUGAAUCCAGGCAGAAUGGAGGAAACGAUUCAAAUUGACAUGAAGGGUGAAUGUGUUCACCAAGAGAUUGAGACCAGGCAAGACCAGGUGAAAGAUACUGAAGGAUGCAGCAAUUCCUCAGAUGGUAGAAAUGCAUAUAAGGAUGAUCCAUAG